UGCGUACGGUGCGCUACCACUACGUCAGGAAACUGAAGCCAGCAACAAACGAGGGCAAGGCACGAAACCAAACCAAACCAAACCAUCCGUCUCCGAGAGGAUCGCACACCGUGCGCAGCAACCACACGAAACGAAACGGAACGCAUCCAGCAUGUCCCAGACCUCGACGUCGCUGAGCAGCGGCAUCGGCGCGACCGAACCCUACCAGAGCCACACGGGGGACGAGACCCGAGGCAGCGUCGGCCUUACGCGAUCGACGAAGAUCUUUGCCCUGUGCGCCGCCCUGAACUCGUGCAACCUCGGAUACGACAUCGGUGUCAGCACCAAUGCGGGGGGUCUCAUCCAGGACGACAUGGGCCUGACGGACGUCCAGCGGGAACUCUUUGUCGGGAGCCUCAACUUCUGGAGCAUCUUCGGAUCCCUCUUUUCGCACCGGAUCAGCGACACCUACGGAAGGCGCCGGUCCUUCCAGGUAGCCGCCGUCAUAUUUAUCAUCGGGAUAGGCAUCAUGUCGACCGCAAACACCUUUGCCGCGCUGAUGGUCGGGCGGUACGUGUGUGGCGUGGCGUGGCGUGGCGUCGGCGGGGUGGUGUUUGGUUGGUUGUGAAAGGCGCCCGGAGCAAAACGUCGUGUGCCUCCUAGAUGAAAAAAAAACUCGUGCAGCAUUCGCGUCCCACUCACCCGAUUGUUUUGUGUCGUUUCCCGUGUUGCAGUUCCUUUCUUGGGAUCGGAGUCGGGUUCGGACUGGCGGUACGCAUGUUUGUUUUGUAGUCGUUUUUUGGCAGCGGUCGAUGAAGCAUUUUCUCUCUUUCUUUCGAAACAACAGUUCCAAACGAUGGAUCGAUUCUAACUCUCAUGGAUUGUUCUUUCCGUUGCUUUCUUCACUCAGAUCGACCCGCUGUACAUCGCCGAGAUGACACCUGCCAAACUGCGUGGCGAGCUGGUCACCUGGUCGGAGAUGGCCAUCAACGUCGGUAUUGUUUUGGGAUUUCUCUCGGGUUUGGUGUUCUAUGAAGUAAACAACAGCCUCGAGUGGCGCUUGAUGUUUGCGAUGGGUGCGAUCCUUCCAAUCGUCGUCAUCUUUGCCAGCCAGUUUGUCAUGGCCGAGUCUCCGCGCUGGCUGGUGAGCAAGGGGGAACUCGAGGAAGCGAAAACGGUUCUUCGAAAGAUCUAUCCGRAAGGUACGUGCUUGUCUUUGUCUUUGUGUCUGGAUCCGGGCAGAAGACUCGAUGUUUCGGAUCGAACCACAACCCAACCAUAGUAGCAGCUGUGGCCUAGCCAAUCCGACCUGGUCUGAACUUGUUUUUUUCUGUGCAGAUUUUGAUAUCAAUCCCGUGGCACGGGAUAUUCAAGAAGGAUUGGAACGAGAACGAAUUGCGGAGCAACAAAUUGGAUGGAAAAUGAUCUUGGUUCCGUCGCCCGCGAUUAGGAGAAUGCUCAUUGUGGGCGUGGGAAUUGCUGUGGCCCAGCAGGCGGUUGGCAUCGAUGCCAUUCAGUACUAUCUUCUGGACGUUCUCGAACAGUCGGGCAUCGAAUCCGAAAAGGGACAACUCGGUGGUUUGAUUGCGCUUGGUUUUUUGAAACUUCUCUUUGUAGGCGUGGGAGCAAAACUCUUGGACAACCAAGGACGCAAAAAAAUGCUCUACAUUUCGCUUCUCGGUACGUGCUGGUGGUGGUGGUGGUGGUGGUUUCCUCGUUCGUCGAUCGUGCAUUGGUGGUCUUACUCCUCUGCUUUGAAUCGUCAUCUCACUAACGAAUGUUUCAGGCAUGGCUGGAGCUUCCAUUUUGACCAGCUUUUCCUUCAUUGGAAACAACACGUCGAUCUUUGCAAUCGUGGGACUCUGCUUGUACCUGUCCUUUUUUAGCGUCGGAAUGGGUCCGGUCGCUUGGCUGAUCCCGUCCGAGGUCUUCCCAACCAGCAUCCGAGCGAAGGCCAUGUCGCUCGCUACUCUCUCCAACAGAAUCGUUGCGACGUUGAUGGCGUCCACCUUCCUAUCGACCGCGAACGCCAUUGGCUGGGCUCCGUUUUUUAUAUUGAUUGCUGCUGUGUGCCUCGUCGUCUUUGUGUUCGUUUUCCUUUUGUUGCCCGAGACAAAAGGCCGUAGUUUGGAGGAUAUGACGGUGCAUUUUGCCGAAAUCACCGGUGACCAAAAAAUACUCGAAGCCGAAAAGAAAAUCCUAUCGGAUCGUGUGGAGCAUGGUUCGGUAGAAAUGGGAAACCUCGAUGGAGAUGGAGCGAAGCCAACAGGUACUAUGACCUAGAAAGUUGAAACUAGCAUCCACAGAACGCAAGCUGGGUAGAGCAUGUAAGGUAUACGAAAACCACAAUCCGUUAUCAUGGAAUGAAGGAAUGAAUAUUUCAGCGCUCAUAGAAUAUCAAAGUAGUGCUAAUAGUCUACGGAAUCUUUUUUGUAAUACAAGUUUUCAUUCUAC